AUGUACUUUUUCCAGGCUGUUGGUGUGGAGCCUCAGGCACCAGCUCCGACUGCAAACGUGGACAUGACGCAGUAUCAAGUGCAGCUUGUUGAUUUGAAGAGCACCAUUAGUUACAUGUUAUUCAAGGAAAUUCCGCGCCGAGCAGUUAUCGAUGGCGAGCACCUAGUAGCUUUGAAGCAGUGGUUGCGAACCUUGUCCAAAUAUGCACCCGGUACAACCCCAAUGCGACGAUUCCUUUAUCGAGUAAAUGAAUGGAUCUGGACCGUAGGAGACAGUCUAGCAAUUGAGGACUGGACUAAAAAGCUUCAGGAGAUCCAAGUCGCUCUUGGCAAUCCUAUACCGGAGAAAGUAGAAUGGAUAGCCUGCAUUGGUUCGAAACCUAAUUUGAGAGGCUACACAUGUGGGCUAUGGACCAUGGCUCAUGCGAUCACUGUUGAAGCUUACAAAACAGAGGAAAAGAACCCGUCAUUCAACCCAGUUAAUGAAGUGAUGGAGCCUUUCCAUCAAUUUAUCUUCCAUUUCUUGAGCUGCGGUGAAUGUGCAAAGAACUUCGAUAACGAGGCCAAGAGACACAAGUUGCUACAGGUGUCUACGAAAGAAGAAAUGGUAAUGUGGUUCUGGCGAGUUCAUGAACUUGUCUAA